GAGGAGGAAAAAAAACAAAAAACAAAGUAGAGGCUUAAAUCAACUCAGAGAAGGGAGGGAUAGAGGGAGGAGGGGAGAGAAAACGCCCUGGAAGUCUAGCUGGUAAAGAAAUAGGAAAACAGAGACAGACUCCUGACAGACUGCAAACUUGUGGCAGUGUGCAAAGUGCUCUACUUGGGGCGAAGGUGAGAAGACAUGUUUUCAAGGAUGCUCAAGCGGGUGUGAGGCUUCUUUGGCGCAAAGAUUGCGCACAGAAGUAAAAAAAGAAGAAUACAAGAAGCAGACUGAAGCCCUUUGAUUUGCUUGAGCAGUCCAAGGAAAACAGCAUCACUAUUUUUCUCUCACCAGGGCUGGAUUACAGGAAAACAAAUAAAGAUGGCUGACGAAGAUGAUACCAGGGAAGUACUCUUUCAGGAUUGGGAGGGUCCUGAUAAAACUGGCUUGACCAUUGAACACACAAGUGGAGGGGAGCUCUUAGUCAAGGAGGUGAAAGGAGAGUCCCCUGCAGCACGAUCUGGAAAAGUAUAUGAAGGUGAUCAGAUCGUUGGUGCAACUAUCUACUUUGAAAAUAUGAGCUCAGAAGAGACAGCAGAUUUACUGAAAACAUUGAACAAACACAAAGUUGGACUAAAGCUACAAAACAAAGGUGAUAAAUCCCCUUGCUACUCACCAUUGAACACACCAUGUCGUUCUCCAAUGGGAACUCUUACAUGGGAAGGGAAGACACAGUUUGGAGGAUCCAGUCCAGAAGUAAUUCUGAGUGGAGAGGAUGAGGACUACAAGAGGAUAUACACAAAAAAAAUUAAACCGAGGCUGAAAUCUGAAGACCUUGCAGAGGGAGUGGAUGUUCGUACAGAGCGGCAUAGCAGCACCAGCAGUGAUGGCAGUACGAUUACAACCAUCACUCGACGUAUCACUACGUACACAGUGGAAAUGCCAAGUGGUGUAAGUGAGAAACUAGAACUUUCAAGCCCAGACUUCAAAGGACAAAGACAUGAAUCUGGAGAUGGCUCUCCACGUGUCAGAAUCUUGCAUGGAAGCCCUUUAUCAAAAGUGGAGGCAGAAGAGGGUGUUUUUGAACCAUACAGUGUGACCCACACUGGAGCUAAAGGUAUCUCAUCAGAAACACACAGGGGUAGUAGUGGAGAUCAGUCAAAGACAAUUAUAAUGUCAAAGGAUGUCAGAUUUAAAGGACCUAACUUUGGAGUAAUAGGCCAUGAAGGCUCUAAAGUCUUCAGAGAAACUGAAGAAGAUGAAGCUGGAAGCAUAGAUGAGUCAAAAACACAAACUAUAUUAGGUAAAACAUUAGGAACCAAAGUAGAAAUUGCCAAUUCUGAUUUAAAGUCUGGCAAAGAAGAAGUCAGUUUUAAAAGGCCUAAUGUAAAGAUAUCAUCAUUAAACACCACAACCCCUGGUCAAGGCAGCACAGAAGUGUCAAAAGAAAUUGACAUAAAAGGUCCAAAAGUUGACACUGAAGGAAAAAGCAUGUCCCAAAUUACAAUGCCAUCAGUUAACUUAAAAGGUCCAAAGGCUGAUGUCCCAGAUAUUGAUAUCGACUUCAAAAAGGCAGGUAUUAAUGUAAAAGCACCAGAUGUUGACUUUGGAGGACAGGAUGCAAAACUGAAAGGAGCAAAGAUAACCAUGCCGGAUGUUGAUUUCAACUUGAAAGGUACAAAAAUAAUAAGUAACAUGGAUGUUUCAACACCGAAGACAGAAGUAGACAUUAAAACAACAGAAAUUGACAUUAAAGGUCCAGAAAUUGAUACUGAAGGGUCAAAGGGUGAGAUGCCUUCUAUAAAAAUGCCAUCAGUAAACUUAAAAGGUCCAAAAGGUGGUGUUACAGAUAAACUUAACCUAACAGGCCAGAAAGGGAGUGUUGAUGUUAAACUGCCAAACAUAGAAGGAGAUAUAAAGGGUCCAGAUGUAGACAUUGGAGGUCCAAUUGUUGACUUAGAAGGCAAGAAAGGGGGUCCAAAAUUCAAAAUGCCAUCAUUUGGAAUCAAAGGUGCCAAAGUAGAGGGUCAAGAUGUUAAUGUGGACCUUCCUAAUGCAGAUAUUGAUAUGAAAGCACCAGAUGUUGACAUUGAGGGGGCAGACACAAAACUGGAAGGACCCAAAUUUAACAUGCCAAGCCUAUCUGGACCAAACAUAUCCAUUCCAGAUGUUGAUUUAGACUUAAAAGGCCCAAAAUUCAAAGGUGAUUUAGAUGUUUCAACUCCAAAGUUAAAAGGAGAUAUUAAUACACCAGGUAUUGAAAUAAAGGGUCCAGAAGUUGAUAUUGAAAGGUCAAAGGGAGGACUUGAAAUGCCUUCCAUAAAAAUGCCAUCCUUUGAUCUCAAAGGUCCAAAGGGUGAUGCUCCAGAUGUUGACCUGAAACUGAAAGGUCCAAAAGUUGAAGGGGAUGUUGAUAUUAAACUGCCAAAGUUUAAAGGCGAUAUGAAGGCACCAGAUGUGGACAUUGAAGGGCCAGAUUUUGAUAUUGAGGGGCCCAAAGCUGGACUCAAAAUGCCUAAAUUUAAAAUGCCAUCAUUUGGAAUGAAAGGCCCCAAAGUAGAAGGUCCAGAUGUUGAUGUUGAUCUUGACCUUCCCAAGGCAGAUAUUGAUGUGAAAGCACCAGAUGUUGAUGUCAGUGGAGCAGAUUUAAAACUGAAAGGACCCAAAUUCAACAUGCCCAGCAUAUCUGGACCAAAGAUAUCCAUGCCAGAUGUUGAUUUCAACUUGAAAGGCCCAAAACUCAAGGGGGACAUGGAUGUUUCUGUUCCUAAGAUAAAAGGAGACAUAAAAACACCUGAAGUUGACAUUAAAGGUCCAGAAGUUGAUAUUGAAGGGCCAAAGGGAGGAUUUAAAAUGCCUUCUAUGAACAUGCCAUCCUUCAAUCUUAAAGGUCCGAAGGUUGAUCUCCCAGAUGUCGACCUUAAUCUAAAAGGUCCAAAAGUUGAUGUGCCAGACGUUGACCUUAAUCUAAAAGGUCCAAAAGUUGAAGGUGAUGUGGAUAUUAAACUGCCAAAGAUUAAAGGAAAUAUGAAAGGUCCAGAGGUUGAUAUUGAAGGGCCAAAGGGAGGUUUUGAGAUGCCCAAAAUCAAAAUGCCCUCAGUUAAUUUCAAAGGUCCAAAAGUUGAUGUUCCAGACAUCGAUGUUAACCUGAAAGGCUCAAAACUUGAAGGAGGUGGAGAUGCUGAAUUGCCAAAGAUUAAAGGAGAUAUUAAAGGCCCUGAAGUUGAUAUUGAUGGUCCCAAUCUUGAAAUUGAGGGCCACAAAGGUGGGUUCAAAAUGCCUAAGUUUAAGAUGCCAUCAUUUGGAUUCAGAGGAUCAAAAGCUGAAAGCCCUGAUGUUGAUAUAAACCUCCCUAAACCAAGUAUUGAUGUCAAACCUGGUGAUAUUGAACUUAAGGGCAAAGACAUUGCCAUUGAGGGAUCAAAUGCUAAAGUAAAAGGAAAAAAAUUCAAAAUGCCAAAAAUUACAAGUCCAAAGGUAUCUUUACCAGAUAUGGAUGUCAACUUGAAAGGUCCAAAACUCAAAGCAGAUGCCAAUAUUUCAUCUCCAAAAAUUGAAGGUGACAUAAAAUCCCCAGAAGUUGACGUUAAAGGUCAAGAACUUAAAAUUGAAGGACAAAAGGGGGGAUUUGAAAUGCCUAAGUUUAAAAUGCCAUCAGUAAAUUUCAAAGGUCCAAAGGUUGAUAUUCCAGAUGUUGACCUUAAUCUUAAAGGCCCAAAAGUUGAAGGCGAUGUGGAUAUAAAACUGCCAAACAUUGAGGGAGAUAUAAAAGGACCAGAUGUGGACAUUGAAGGUCCAAGUGUUGACAUUGAGGGCCACAAAGGUGGACUUAAAAUGCCUAAAUUUAAAAUGCCAUCAUUCGCAGUGAAAGGCCCCAAAAUAGAAGGACCUGAUAUUGACCUCCCCAAGGUAGAUAUCGAUGUGAAAACACCAGAUGUGGAUAUUGAAGGAGCAGAUGUAAACAUGAAAGGACCCAAAUUCAACAUGCCCAGCAUAUCUGGACCAAAGAUUUCCAUGCCAGAUGUUGAUUUCAACUUGAAAGGCCCAAAACUCAAGGGUGACAUGGACAUUUCUGUUCCUAAGAUAAAAGGAGACGUAAAAACCCCUGAAGUUGACAUUAAAGGUCCAGAAAUUGAUAUUGAAGGGCCAAAGGGAGGAUUUAAAAUGCCUUCUAUUAACAUGCCAUCCUUCAAUCUAAAAGGUCCAUCGGUUGAUGUGCCAGAUGUUGACCUUAAUCUAAAAGGUCCAAAAGUCGAAGGUGAUGUAGAUAUUAAACUUCCAAAGAUAAAAGGCGAUAUCAAAGGACCAGAUGUGGAUAUUGAAGGUCCAAAUAUUGACAUUGAGGGCCACAAAGGGGGAAUCAAAAUGCCUAAGUUCAAAAUGCCAUCCUUUGGAAUGAAAGGCCCAAAAGUAGAAGGCCCUGAUGUAGAUAUUGAUCUCCCAAAGGCAGAUAUUGAUAUUAAAACUCCAGAUGUUGACUUAGACGCAGCAGAUGUAAAACUGAAAGGACCCAAAUUCAACAUGCCCAGCAUAUCUGGACCAAAGAUAUCCAUGCCAGAUGUUGAUUUCAACUUGAAAGGCCCAAAACUCAAGGGGGACAUGGAUGUUUCUGUUCCUAAGAUAAAAGGAGACAUGAAAACACCUGAAGUUGACAUUAAAGGUCCAGAAGUUGAUAUUGAAGGACCAAAGGGAGGAUUUAAAAUGCCUUCUAUGAACAUGCCAUCCUUCAAUCUAAAAGGUCCAAAAGUUGAUGUACCAGAUGUCGAUCUCAAUCUAAAAGGUCCUAGUGCGCCCCUCAUUAGCUAG